GAUGGUAUCUAUUGUUUUUUUUAGCAGGGAAUGCAGUCGAGGGAGUGUCAGCAGCACACUAUUGCUUGUUUCUUUAACGGAUUGACUUUCUGUUCUGACUUCAUACUGUAAACGUUGCCGAUUAGGAUUUGCUGAGGACCUAACUCGUAAAAUUUUUCAUCGUCUCAUCUUUUUUAAUGUAUGGGACAAUGUUGCGAAUGCCAAGAAUUACUGUAGGAAAAGCACUACAAUGUAAUCGUUCCCAUUGUCGUUCAGAGAGAUUUCACCAUUCACGAAUAUCAUGGAAAAGGCAAGUGUGCAGGAAUGGAUCAUCGGAUGGUCUCGUUUUGCCGGUGUAUAAAGGGAAGAAUAUAUCCCAGCUGUCGUGUCUUAGACCGGGAGGGUUGUUUCUAACCAGGUUUGUGUGGAAACUCUCCAGACAAACCAUAGGUUUCUACAGCACAUCUACAGACUCCAAACAAACCUCAACGCCUUUGGAAAAUCAGGACAGUAAAGUUAGCAAAUCAGAAAACUCACUGCAUGUACCAUCAGGAGAUGUCAAGAAGUUGCUGAAUCUUAUAUAUCCACAGAGAUGGAGACUGUCAGCGGCUGUGGGAUUUCUGGUGGUCAAUAGCUCUGUCACAAUGUCUGCACCAUUUUUUUUGGGAAGAGUGAUUGACACCAUCUACACCAGCCCUACAGAUGACUUUACAGCCUCCCUCACUUCUCUCUGUAUCAUGCUAACCGGAGUCUUCCUCUGUGGUGGGGCUGCAAAUGCGGCUCGUAUCUACCUUAUACAAACCUCAGGGCAACAGAUUGUGCGAAACUUGCGCGAAUCCCUUUUCUCCUCCAUUUUGAAGCAGGAGGUUGGAUUCUUUGAUAAGAACAGAACUGGUGAGCUCAUUAACCGCCUUUCUGCAGACACUGUCAUUGUUGGACGCUGUCUCACUGACAAUCUGUCUCAUGGACUGCGGUCCCUCGCCCAGGCAGGGGCUGGAAUUGGCAUGAUGUUAUAUGUGUCACCCAGUCUGACAGCCUUUGUGUUGAUGGUUGUUCCUUCCAUUGCUUUCCUGGCUUUAAUGUUUGGACAAUUUCACCGCUCCAUAUCCAGACGCAUGCAGGAUGCACUGGCAGCAGUCACACAGUUGGCAGAGGAGAGAAUCAGCAACAUACGGACAGUUCGGGCUUUUGGAAAAGAGCUGAUAGAGUUGCAGAAGUAUGCAGAAAAGAUUGACCAUGUUUUAGAAAUAGCUAAGAAAGAAGCUGUGGUUACUGCUGGAUACUAUGGAGUGACAGGACUGAGUAUACACAUUACCAUGCUAAGUGUGUUGUAUAAAGGAGGUCUGCUAAUGGCCAGUGAGGCCAUGACAGUUGGGCAGAUUUCCUCUUUCCUCAUGUAUGCCUUUUGGGUGGGCAUCAGCAUAGAAGGUUUCAGCUCAUUUUACUCAGAGCUGAUGAAGGGGCUUGGUGCUGGUACCCGUCUAUGGGAACUAAUGGAUCGAAAGCCUGAAUUUCCUCUCAAUGAGGGGCUUGUGUUAAGACCAGAACAGUUAAAGGGAGAACUGGAGUUUCGGAACGUGUCCUUUGCUUACCCAACAAGGAAGGAUGCAUCCAUAUUCCAGGAUCUAAGUCUGCAUGUACCAGCAGGGUCAGUAAUGGCAGUGGUGGGACCCAGCGGAUCAGGCAAAUCCACCCUGGUGUCGCUGUUGCUCCGCUUGUAUGACCCUGAUUCAGGUAUAGUCACUGUUGAUGGCCAUGAUAUACGAGACUUGAGUCCUUAUUGGCUGAGAAGUCACAUUGGUACUGUAAGCCAGGAGCCGGUUCUUUUCUCCUGCUCUAUUGCUGAAAACAUUGCUUAUGGAGCAACAGACCCGAGUCAGGUCAAAGCGCAGGACAUCUACAGGGCAGCGCAGAUCGCCAAUGCUCAUGACUUCAUCCAGGACUUCCCCAAGGGCUAUGAUACAGUUGUAGGAGAGAAAGGGGUCCUGCUGUCAGGUGGACAAAAACAGAGGGUUGCCAUAGCACGAGCCCUGCUAAAGAAUCCCAAAAUACUUCUUUUGGACGAAGCUACAAGUGCUCUGGAUACAGAGAAUGAGUACCUGGUCCAAGAGGCAUUGGAUCGUCUAAUGCACAAUCGCACCGUCUUGAUCAUUGCCCACCGUCUGUCUACCAUCCAGAGUGCAGAUGCCGUGGCUGUGCUGGAUCAACACCGUGUGGUGGAGAUUGGCAGUCAUGCCCAGCUCCUUGCUAACGACCAAGGCCUCUUCCGCAAGCUAAUGGAGAAACAAGCCUUCAUGCAGGCCGAGCAGAAACAGGCUCUCUUGUAUCUGGAAGAGGGUGUCUACCUCCACCCAUGUGUGAGUAAGAAGAAGGGCCACGUCUUGGAUUUUGUCUUCUGUGACAAGAUUCUCCUCAAACUGUUUCAGCAACCAACAGAUUUCAAGAUUUUGACUUGGAGGGGUGUCCAGCAAACACUGACUCAGGGACUUCUGUAUAGUGACGGACAACAACGCUGGUCUCAGUUCAUCCGCCGCUGGCCGACAGAUCACAUCAAGCAACUCCUCGAAAAGCUUCGGCAGCUGUCGGAGUUUGGCUAUGGGACAAUGUUGCGAAUACCAAGAUUUACUGUAGGGAAAGUACUACAAUGUAGUAUUUCCUGCUGUCGUCCAGAUAGAUUUCACCAUUCACGAAUAUCAUGGAAAAGGCAAGUGUGCAGGAAUGGAUCAGAUGUUGUUGUUUUGCCGGUGUAUAAAAGAAUGAAUAUAUCCCAGCUGCCGUGUCGCAGACCCGAAGGGUUGUUUGCAUCCAAGUUUUUGGCGAAACACUCCAGACACACCAUUGCUUUCUAUAGCACAUCUACAGACUCCAAACAAACCUCAACGACUGUGGAAAAUCAGGACAGUAAAGUUAGCACAUCAGAAAACUCACUGCAUGUACCAUCAGGAGAUGUCAAGAAGUUGCUGAAUCUUGCACAUCCACAGAGAUGGAGACUGUCAGCGGCUGUGGGAUUUCUGGUGGUCUCCAGCGCUGUCACCAUGUCUGCACCAUUUUUUCUGGGAAGAGUGAUUGACACCAUCUACACCAGCCCUACAGAGGACUUCACAGCCUCCCUCACUUCUCUCUGUAUCAUGCUAACUGGAGUCUUCCUCUGUGGUGGGGCUGCAAAUGCUGCUCGUGUCUACCUCAUGCAAAUCUCAGGGCAACAGAUUGUGCGAAACUUGCGCGAAUCCCUUUUCUCCUCCAUUUUGAGACAGGAGGUUGGAUUCUUUGAUAAGACCAGAACUGGUGAGCUCAUUAACCGCCUUUCUGCAGACACUACCAUCGUUGGACGCUGCCUCACUGACAAUCUGUCUGAUGGACUGCGAUCCCUUGCCCAGGCAGGAGCUGGAGUUGGCAUGAUGUUAUAUGUGUCACCCAGUCUGGCAGCCUUUGUGCUGAUGAUUGUUCCUCCUGUUGCUUUAAUGGCUGUAAUUUUUGGUCGAUUUCUCCGCUCCAUAUCCAGACGCACACAGGAUGCACUGGCAGCGGCCACACAGUUGGCAGAGGAGAGGAUCAGCAACAUGCGAACAGUUCGGGCUUUUGGAAAAGAGCUGACAGAGUUGCAGAAGUAUGCAGAAAAGGUUGACCAUGUUUUAGAACUAGCUAAGAAAGAAGCUGUGGUUUCUGCUGGAUUCUAUGGAGUGACAGGACUGAGUGGAAACGUUAUCAUGCUAAGUGUGUUGUAUAAAGGAGGUCUGCUAAUGGCCAGUGAGGCCAUGACAGUUGGGCAGCUCUCCUCUUUCCUCAUGUAUGCCUUUUGGGUAGGCAUAAGCAUCGCAGGUUUCAGCUCAUUUUACUCCGAGCUGAUGAAGGGGCUUGGUGCUGGUACCCGUCUAUGGGAACUAAUGGAUCGAAAGCCUGAAUUUCCUCUCAAUGAGGGGCUUGUGUUAAGACCAGAACAGUUAAAGGGAGAACUGGAGUUUCGGAAUGUGUCCUUUGCUUACCCAACAAGGAAGGAUGCAUCCAUAUUCCAGAAUCUAAGUCUGCAUGUACCAGCAGGGUCAGUAAUGGCAGUGGUGGGACCCAGCGGAUCAGGCAAAUCCACUCUGGUGUCGCUGUUGCUCCGCUUGUACGACCCUGAUUCAGGUAUGGUCACUUUUGAUGGCCAUGAUAUACGAGAUUUGAAUCCUUAUUGGCUGAGGAGUCACAUUGGUACUGUAAGCCAGGAGCCGGUUCUUUUCUCCUGCUCUAUUGCUGAAAACAUUGCUUAUGGAGCAACAGACCCGAGUCAGGUCAAAGCACAGGACAUCUACAGGGCAGCGCAGAUCGCCAAUGCUCAUGACUUCAUCCAGGACUUCCCCAAGGGCUAUGAUACAGUUGUAGGAGAGAAAGGGGUCCUGCUGUCAGGUGGACAAAAACAAAGGGUUGCCAUAGCAAGAGCCAUGCUAAAGAAUCCCAAAAUACUCCUAUUGGAUGAAGCCACAAGUGCUCUGGAUGCAGAGAAUGAGUACCUGGUUCAAGAGGCAUUGGAUCGUCUAAUGCACAAUCGCACUGUCUUGAUCAUUGCCCACCGUCUGUCUACCAUCCAGAGUGCAGAUGCCGUGGCUGUGCUGGAUCAACACCGUGUGGUGGAGAUUGGCAGUCAUGCCCAGCUCCUCGCUAACGACCAAGGCCUCUUCCGCAAGCUAAUGGAGAAACAAGCCUUCAUGCAGGCUGAGCAGAAACAGGCUCUCUUAAAAUAGAAGAGACAGUCAUUUAAAGACAACAAAGAGAGAGUGCAUAAAUUCAGACAUCAUGUUUAAAGGCUGUAUAUAUCAUGAUUUUGUGCACUCCCAAAUGAAAUAUAUCUAUUAAGCCUUUGCUGUAUUACAAACUGCUAAAUAACUGGAAACCAGUUGUAUGCUGAUCGUUGUUCGUUACAUAGUACUGCUGUUAUCUUUAUUAAAUGGCAGAUUGUCAUAGCAUGCAUUGCUGUGGACAUACUUUUAGACUCGUCAGAGUUGCGAAAAUGUUUGCUUUUUCAGCACAGAAGUGAAGCAAAUGAGAAAACUUGAAAAAGAUCUGAGGUGGAUUUAAGUCAAAUCAAUAUUGUAUUACUUAAAAAAAAAUGUGUAAAAUGAAACGCACUAAUUUAGUCACCAAUCACUAUCAAGGAAUUGAUAUAUAAACAAUUGUAUAAAUGAACAUUUUGAUAAAGAAACAUAUUUUUCUUGGAUUAUAGCAACAAUUAUGUUUUAAUAUUUUCUUUAUCUUCUUUGGUAAUGACAAUGGCAAUUUUGUGCCUAGGUCAUGAACCACACAACUUCGGAAAGUAAUCCAACUCCAACCUAAUUACUGUGCCAGUGUCUUGUCAGUAGUAAGGAUAUUGUAAGAUGAAUAUUAUUGUUUCCAUUUUGAAAACAAACACUAUAACAGAGAUAUUUUACAGCCAAUAUAUAUUUAUAUGUGUGAUAAAAUGGAAAAUAUUCAGAAUUUUAGGAAAUUUUAAUAUUCAGUGUACUAACUUAUUAGGUUUCAGUAUGUAAACAAAUGUGUAUGUUUAUCAGUUGUUUAUUUUCUACAAUAAAUUGACUUGAAACAUUGA